AUGGAACAGGCUAGUGCGAGAAGCUAGGUGAAGUGCUCCAAAGAAGAGCAAAGGAAAAACCUUUUCCCCCUUUGGGACAUAGCAUUUUUCAUGACAGAGGCUCUGCAAACAGGAGCACUGCUGAAGAUCCUGAGUUUGCCUGACGUGCGCUUGACAUUUUAGCACAGAUUCAGCAGAGCGGCUUUAUUCAGAAAAAACUGCUUAGACAAUCUAAUGGAUGAAGAUGAGAAAGACAGAGCAAAGAGGGCUUCACGUAACAAGUCUGAGAAGAAGAGGCGCGAUCAGUUCAAUGUUCUCAUCAAAGAGCUCAGCUCCAUGCUUCCAGGCAACACUCGCAAAAUGGACAAAACUACUGUGCUGGAAAAAGUCAUUGGCUUUCUGCAGAAACACAAUGAAGUCUCAGCACAGACGGAGAUUUCUGAAAUUCAGCAGGACUGGAAGCCUUCAUUUCUCAGUAAUGAAGAAUUCACUCAGCUGAUGUUGGAGGCAUUAGAUGGCUUCAUUAUAGCAGUAACUACAGGUGGAAGCAUCAUCUAUGUGUCUGACAGCAUCACACCUCUUCUAGGGCAUUUACCGUGUGAUGUCUUGGAUCAGAAUUUGUUGAAUUUCCUCCCAGAACAAGAACAUUCAGAAAUUUAUAAGAUGUUAUCUUCUUGUAUGCUUAUGACAGAUUCUGCCUCACCGGAUUACCUAAAAACUGACAAUGAACUAGAGUUUUAUUGUCAUCUUCUGAGAGGAAGUUUGAACCCAAAGGAAUUUCCAACAUAUGAAUACAUAAAAUUUGUAGGAAAUUUUCGGUCUUACAGCAAUGUGCCUAACUCCACUUGCAAUGGCUUUGACGAGGCUGUCCCGAGGGCUUACAGAACGUCCCUGGGAAAGCAGAUCUGCUUCGUUGCGACUGUUCGUUUGGCAACGCCUCAGUUUUUAAAGGAGAUGUGCAUUGUGGAAGAACAUCUAGAGGAAUUCACAUCAAGACACAGUCUGGAGUGGAAAUUUUUAUUCCUGGAUCACAGAGCACCGCCAAUUAUAGGAUACUUGCCUUUUGAAGUGCUGGGUACUUCUGGCUAUGACUAUUACCACAUAGAUGACCUGGAGCUGCUAGCAAGGUGCCAUGAACACUUGAUGCAGUUCGGCAAGGGGAAGUCGUGCUGCUAUCGGUUUCUGACCAAAGGACAGCAGUGGAUCUGGCUCCAGACCCAUUACUAUAUCACCUACCACCAGUGGAACUCCAAGCCAGAGUUUAUUGUGUGCACACACAUGGUGGUAAGUUAUGCAGAUGUUCGGGUGGAGAGGAGACAGGAGAUGGGCUUGGAAGAAGUGUCCUCAGAGGUUGUGUCUUCAGCACUUAAGGACAAUGGUGCCAGCUUGGAUCCUGAACAGCACUUUAAUGCACUUGAUGUUGGUGCCUCAAUCCUCAGCGCCAGUCGGACACCCUCAGUAUCAUCUAGAAGCUCACCAAAAUCUUCCCACACACCCAAGUCAGACCCAGCAUCUACACCAACAAAGCUGAUUGCAGAGUCUAACACUCCCUUGCCAAGAACACCAAGCGCGCAGCAGGAUCUAUCUCUGCAUAGACUCAGUCAGCCUACUGCUCUUCAGGUUUCUUUGCCUUCUCAGCCUCCAUGUGAGCUUCUCCCACAGCAGUUGCUGCCUCAAGCAACUCUGCAAAAUCAGCCUGCACCUCUGGCACAGUUCUCAGCACAGUUCAGCAUGUUCCAGACAAUCAAGGACCAACUAGAGCAGCGGACACGGAUCCUGCAGGCCAACAUCCGGUGGCAGCAGGAGGAGCUGCAGAAGAUACAGGAGCAGCUCUGCCUGGUCCAAGACUCCAGCGUACAGAUGUUCUUACAGCAGCCAACAGUGUCCCUGAGCUUUAGCAAUACUCAGCAGCUGGACCCACAACAGCUACAGCAGAGGUCAGAGGCCAUUUCUCAGCAGCAACUUGUAUCCAGUCCUCAACUCCAAGGGCAAAUCACAUCUUCACAAACAACAAACCAGCAGGCACUGAGAGAAGCAAGCGUGAUAUUGAGCCAGGUAAUAAUUUCUUUGAAUAGAGAAGUGUUUAGGUGGAAAGAAGACACCAAGCUGUUAUUAAGCAAGGAAGUAAAAUCAUGUCAAUCCUGUAAGUAUGCCUUUGCCUUUCCUUCCUUAUUCUUCUCUAUAAGGGACGGCGGCGGCCCCGCCGCGCCCCCUGGCGGCACCCCCGGCGCGCCCGCCCCCGGCUGCAACCACGACCAGCAGCUCAGACUGUUGCUCAGCCAGCCUAUUCAGCCCAUGAUGCCUGGGUCCUGUAAUGCAAGACACUCUUCAGACCUCAGCAUGGCAGGAUCCCAGGCUAAGUAUUCUCAAACCCAACAAAUGUUUCAAAGUUUGGAAGUGCAGACUUCCAGCAGCAGCUCUCCAAUCAUACUGAUGGGACAAGCAGUGUUAAACCAAGGGUUCACCACUACACCUCCUUCCCAGCCAUCUUCUCUGCCACCUAUGCAACUCCAGCACCAACAGCAUCAGCAACAACGCUACCUGCAGGUGCAAACACCAAGUUCUUUGCACAAUGAACAACCCGAUUCUUUGCUCCUGCCAUCUUACUCACCACAGCAAGGAAAUAUGGGGUAUCAUCAGACACAACAGCAGCAGCAGCAACAGCAACAACUAACAUCAAGAAGAAGGAAUAGCUUAUCAGAAUCAUCAAAUUUACCACAGCCACUGCGAUAG